AUUUGACUGCACGUAGACGUAAGAACGUAAAAAUUCAUUAAAAAAAUUAAAUAUCACUUAGAAAAAUUAGUGUAGAAUACUUGAAAAUCCCCUCAAAGUGUUAUUUAAGUGCCAUUUUAUAUUUUUAUUAAAAAAAUCUUAUGAAAAUCCAUGCUACAAGCAGAUAAAAUCGAAAAUUUAAAACCGGCAAAAUAAUUUCCAAUAAGCAUAUGCCAAUUUCUGCUUCAGUUUCUACCAUUCAACCUCAGUGAGUUUGUUAAAACAAAAAGAAAAAGGCGAAGAAAAAAAAAGGAAGGAAAAAGUUAAAGAAGGAAAAAAUAAUACACAUACGACCGAUGAAUAUACAAUAUUGUAUAUAUGCUGCAUGUUAUUCUUUAGUUAGUUGCCACAUAAAGGGGAAGUUUAUAAUGAAAUGAAAAAAAUACUAUUUAUUUAAUUAUUUAAAAAAAAAUAAAUAUUAAUAAUAAAUUAAAGUCGUGUUUGCUGGAGUAAAGUGCAGAGCAGUGCGUUAGAAAAAAAGUGUAAAGUGUAGCCCCCCUAAAUAUGCUAUAUUCCUUCAGUUUUUUGUGAUUAAAUUCGAUUUUUUCACUCACAUUUUAUGUUUUAUUCUAUCCCAACAACGAGUAAAAAAAUACAAAAAAUUAUUAAGAAAACGCAUUGGUUUCGUGUAUUAAAAAAAGUUUUUAAAUUUAAAUUAAAAUAAAUAUAUCAACAAAAUAGUAGUGCAGAAAGAAUUUUUACAACAAUUACAGAAAAAAAAAACUAAAAAGAAUUUGUGAUUUUUAUAUAUGAAAUAAAAAAUGAAAUGAAAAACAACAACUCAAUAAAACUGCCCGUUUUUUCUUCAAUAUACACUCACACAUAGACACACAUACACACAAAAGCCACGCACACACACACACACAUACAUACAAACUAUAUUGUCAAUCACAUCUACACAAAGAACAAAGAAAGGAGUCGGAGUAAACGAACCAGCUAACCAGCAAACAGUCAUAUAGUCAGUCAAAUUGCCUAAAGUUGACUCCUUACUAUAACAUCUCAUAUGGAAUGGAGUUUUUCCAACAAUGUGUUUUCAAAACUAUAACAAAUUUAAAUUAACUUAAGCAGCUAAUUACAACAAUAAUAAUUACAACAACAACUGCAACAAGCAACAUCACAGCACAACACAACAAGAAAAUCAACAUCAACACCCCCCACAAGAUCAUUUGCAAAGUUUCGUUAAAAAAGAAACUUUAAGAAACAUUAAACCAUGAGUUACUGCUGUACACACAGUAGUUACAAUUUAUGUAUAAAUGUUUUUCUUUAACGACAGCAACAUAACACAACUGAAUUAAAGAACGGUAUGGUGAAAAUGGAAUCCACAGAAGAACAGGAUAGAAAGUUGGUCUUGGAGUUUAUACAUUUGCUGGAAAAAUCCAAACAACUAUUUAAUGGUUUAAGAGAUUUACCCCAGUAUGGCCAUCGUCAAUGGCAGGCCUAUUUUGGUCGCACCUUUGAUGUCUACACAAAAUUAUGGAAAUUUCAGCAACAACAUCGCAUGGUCUUAGAUUCGAAAUAUGGCUUAAAGCGAUGGCAAAUAGGAGAAAUUGCAAGCAAAAUUGGACAGCUUUAUUAUCAUUACUAUUUAAGAACCAGUGAAACGAAUUACCUGAAUGAAGCGUAUCAAUUUUAUGCCGCUAUUAGAGGUAGAGCGUAUUAUUCUCGAGCGAUUAAAGAAGAUCGACCCGAUUUAAUGGUGAAAAAGCUGCGUUAUUAUGCACGUUUUAUAGUGGUUUGUUUGUUAUUGAAGAAAAUGAAAUUGGUGCGCGAAUUGGUAACCGAACUGGAGAAACAAAUACAGGAAUAUACCACCACUUAUGAACCUGAAGAUCAUUUAGAAUGGUCCUUAGUUUUGGAAGAAAUCAAAGGUUUUAUUAAAGCUGAGGCUGCUGUAGCUGUUCUUCAUGCGGAUUCCAAUCCCAUCGUACUCUCACACAGUGGUUCCGGUUCUAGGUUGUCGCCGUUAACGACACCGCCAUGUGAAAGAUCGCCCCAUAUGACGUUAAGUCUGCAAGAAAUACUUAUAGUGGGCUCAGCAUGUGAACAGGCCAAAUUUUCCGAGUUAACAAUGGACAUGUUUAGAAUGUUACAGACCUUAGAGCGGGAACCAACUGAAACUACACAUCCUAUGAGUGCUUCACAUGGCCUGCACGGGCACGAUGCCAGUCCGGCGGCCAGUCGUAUACCACCAUAUGGUGUUCCAGGUUCCAAGGGUUAUUUAGAAAAUAGCCGCCAUUAUCGAGACAAUCCUCAUAAAUAUUUAUUGUAUAAGCCUUCGAUAAGUCAACUUCUGGUAUUCUUAGCUAGUGGUUUUAAAGAAUUGCCUCCUGGAGGCGCUUUACUUUUAUACAUGUCAGCAGAUGGUUGUUUUUCAACCACUAAACAUCCAGAAGACUAUGGUUAUGAAUUGGGUGGUUUGGCCACCAGCGUUAAACGUGACGGUGUGGAUGGUGGCGGUUUGGCAUGUCGAGGGAAAUCUUAUAAAGAAACGCACUGUUUAUAUCCCGGCGACUUGUAUCCCUUCACCCGUAGACCGAUGUUCAUUAUAAUCGAUUCUGAUAAUUCAUUUGUUUUUCAACAUAUACCACGUUAUUUUGGCCAACCUUUAGUUGUUCUCAUGUCACCUCAAGAUGUACCACCAGCAUUUCAAGCUGAAGUCCAGCAUCAUGGUUCAUUAUUUACUCUAUUCCUGCAUUCUCCUCUUACCGCAUUGUGUUAUAUUUGCAAUGUUGGCGAUGUGCCCAUACAUCACUGGGAACGUUGUCAAUCGUAUGUGGAUCAUUUUAUAACCGAAGCUUCGCGUUUAGUAACAAGAUGUCGCAUCGAUGAAAUUGACCAAGGCUAUAUAGAUUCAUCGUAUGUCCAAUUCUUUGGUGAUGAUUUUUUACGUACUCUAAUCUUACGUUUUGUAUUCUGUGAUGUUGUACUACGAUUACAUCGUGGUUUUCGUGGCAGACAUAUGAGACCACGUUGUGAACCACCAUUGCCAUCCACAGAUCUGCUGGAACAUCCCACACUUUCACACAUAAUAUUUCAAUUGGCAACAGCGCUUGAUGUGCGCGGUCAUUUCUCCGAUGGACCCGAAUGCGACUGAUGAUUUACUGCAAAUAGUGUAAAACACACAAACCAACAGCUUCUUGUUCUGAUGCUAAGUCUUAGAAUUUUUAUACAAAUUCAAUAUUAUGAUAAUGAUGAAAACUCUUGGAAACAAAACCACAAUAAAAACAACAACAACAAUAAUAAUACUCCCGCUGCAAUAAUAAGAGUAUGGAACCUUCUUUGAAUACUCUUUAAUUUCAAAACUAUAAUUCUGAUUUCUUAUGUUAUUAUUUAUUAUUAAAAAAAAAUUAACUUUUAACUUUUUUUAUAUUUUGCUAAUAACACAACAACAAACAUGACUUUUUUCAAAACAAAACCCUCCUCAAAAAUAUUAAAAAUAAUAAAAAUGAAAGAGAAAUUAAGAGAAAUAUACAUAAAAUUAUACUAAAUUAAAUCUACUUAUACAUAACAAAAGGAAUAAAAAUUAAAUUAUUAAUAACACAUUAAUACAACCAUACAAUACAUAUAUACAACAACAAACAUUAACAUAGUAUAUGCAACAAUAACAACAACAACAAGAACAACAACAAAAGAAUAUAUAGUUGAAUUAUAAAAAAAUGCUGAGCUUCUAUUAAAUGAUGAUGCAAAAAUACAUAAAU